AUGCAUGCAGGCUUGACGCUUGAUCAUAUCCUGCGACGAGUAUACUGGGCCGACGCGCACAAGGGAACAAUCGAGUAUGCUAACUGGAACGGGAACGGGAUGGCGGUGGAGCUGAAGUUGCAAAAAAUUCAAAUUCCGUAUUCCGUGGCUGUCUUCGAAGCGUCCGUCAUUUGGAACGACUUGUCGUCUUCUGCAGUGCUUCAAGCGGAUCGUCGAUUCAGAAAUUCCACCAAGGUGCUUCGGAAAAAAGUUUUGCCGAUCGAUAUUCGCGUCCGUCAUGCUGCCGCUCAGCAGGAAUAUCCCGGCCUCGACCCGUGCAGCGAUGUGCAAACGAAAAACUGCUCCCACAUUUGUGUCUUGAUGCCAAAUGGAUAUGUCUGUUUGUGCCCUGAUGGCCUCACGAGGGUGUCGGACCACGAGUGUCAGUUUGCUUCUCGACUCUUGCGUUCUGUUCAUUCAACUGCACAUGCUUUAUUCCUUAAUGAGAAACGUCGAUUCCCCAGAUGCCUGAAAAAUUACCAUGGUCCGCGAUGUGCGUUUGAGUCUACGGACAGGGAAACUUAUUGGCGAGAAACUCAGGGCGGCGGUGACGGUCAUGUCACUUUGGACGCUGGCGGAUCUGGUGGAAUCAUCGCGGCCGUCAUCCUGUGCUUCAUUCUUGUCGGCUUAAUGAUCGUCGGCAUUUACCAUGUUCGUAGAUCCGAAGCCAACCGGCUUGCGGCAUCCCUGGCGGCGAAUCGGCUUCUCCGGUCUGUGCAAUUCUGGAGCGGCAAGGACUUCCGGCUGCUCGCGCAUGAUGUCUUGCAAGAAGCGGCAGGAGCUUCGGAGGACGAAGCUGUACACAUGCCUGCGAACCCUGCGGAAUGUGUGGCACCCAGCGCCAUGACGAACAAUAGGAAGCGUGUGGAUGGCACGGAACGAGUCGGUGUGAACUUUGACAACGCCAUGUCGUUAUCCCCCGCGAAACCGUCGGAAUUCACGAACCAAGUUUUCGGAUUGAGGCAAGAUACUCGCGGGAGAGGUUCUGAUGGAAAUUUAUGAUUGCCAUGCGUUUAUCUACAUUCAGCUUGAACGGAUGUCAGCGUUUUAAUUUUUGAGGGAUAUUGUUGCUGCGAGGUUAUUUCUCAAACCGUGUUGCGUGCUGUUCGAAGUUUUUGUAAGAAUCUCUUUGUGAACGGCAAUGAAAGUUUUAAUUCUUAGCUGA